AUGGUUACUAAUCAACGAUUGAGUACUAUUGAAUAUCUUGCCAUUGAUCAUUGUUGGACUUACAAUGAACUGAUUUCUAUUAUGUCUUAUACACCUCAACUUCGUCGUCUAUAUCUUUUUAAUGCAUUUGAUUUUCAUAGAAACAUUCAAACUAUAUUGCCAAUCACAUUAUCAAAAUUAACAGAUAUUUCGAUACCUAUGAAUUAUUUAAAAUUUUAUGAAUUUGAAAUAAUCAUCAGAAGAAUAGAUGCGAAAUUAAAAGUUUUACGUGUUACUGUUCAAUCUCAAGAUUUAACUUUUCUUAAUGUUUAUCGAUGGGAAAAAUUAAUUUUAGAAUCUUUUCCUCAAUUGGAAAAAUUCUAUUUACGAUAUAUUGAAAAUUUUAAUAGAGAAUAUCAUUAUCCUGGAAUGCCAGAUCAACUCAUUUCAUCAUUUUAG